UCUAAGUUGAGGCCAUUAAAAGUUGGAUUUAAGAAUAGCCGUACAUUUUGAAAAUUGUAGUUCUUGUAAUGUGCGUAGAUAUGCAUAUUGCCAUAAUAAUCCUACACAGUUUAACGCUAGCGCCAUGCAUUAUAUAACAUGCGUGCGAUCCUCCGGGUUGCAACGAGGCUUAAAGUGAGGGCUGCAGUUCGAGCAAUCGAUCACUCUGCUCAUCGAACUCUAGAAGAAACAAAACGUUUCUUUUGCAAGUUUAUAAUUUAAACUGAUUUAUGUCCCAUUUACAAUUUAUAAUUACGUCCAAUGGAGUGAAUUUAUGCAUUAUUUUCUAUUUAUGAGUAAAAAAUUAGGUUCGAUUAAUUCUGCCUUAACGUAAUGACGACAGCUUUUAAUGGUACGACGUGUGUCUUAUGGCACCUAGCUGGUAAUGAAACAUUACUGUAAAUUAGUCAAAUGUUUGGAAAUGGACAGAUGACAGCAUGCUGCCACUGAAGGAUAAAGACCGACCGAUCGCGGUGGCGCUGCUGGGCGCCGGCUGCUGUCCGAGGUGCAUCCUACGGUUCUGCUGUGUGAGCCUGCAGUCCGCGUACCGUCAGCCUCAUGAGGAUAUACUGUUUGAGCUGCAGCGCUUUAUCCAUGAAAAAGUUGCCGAUGAAUCACAUGGUGCCACAGAGGAAGUGCCGGCAGACUCACCACCCUGUAAGAAAGUUAGACUGGAAGCGGAGCAGGGCGGUGAAGUGCAUGAAGGAGGAGAGGACAUUUCUGUUGUUGAAGGAAAAUCAAAGAUCUGCGUGGUGUGUUUGGGAGUGCUGCAGGACUUCUGCGAUAAAGACUUUGCCAAAAAGGUUGCAGAAGCGGUGACCUCGGAGAAAUACGAGUUUGACAGUCUGGUCCUCUCAGUCUCACUGCCUGCUCAGCUGUCUGUCAGAGAGCAUUCUGCCUGGCUGCUCAUCAAAACAGAAGUGAGGCAAAAGGGGCUGUGUCUGGGUAAGGAUGACGUCAUCCAGGUGAAGGAGGCCUUCAAGUGGAUCCUGCAGAGCCUGCUGUCACAGCAGCUGGGCGUUCCUGUGGUGUCCAAGAGUCCUUUGGAGGUCAGCGUUGGCUUCACACACCCCGAAACGGACGGAGACUGCCAUUUCCUGGCUGCUGCAUGUUCAGGCUGCUUCAAACCAGCUAAAAACAAACUGUCGGUGUUCACCAGAAUGGCUGUGGCCAAGGCACUGGAGAGGAUUUCAGAAGAGAGCUUUCGCAGAAAGUUCACCUGCCCCCCCUGGCUGCCUGCCACAAAGUGCACUGUGCAGGAGGUCCAGUGUCUCCACGCGCCUGUCUUCGUGGCCGGGAGGUACAACAAAUUUUCCCGGACGCUGCCGCAGACCCCCUGGGUGAUCGAUGGCGAGAGGCGGAUGGAGUCCUCCGUGGAAGAGCUGAUCACCAGUCCGCUGAUCGCCUCCUUCCAGGCCGAGGGCUUCAACUUCUCCUCGUCGGGCAGGGAAGACGUUGAUGUCCGGACCUUGGGAAAUGGACGGCCCUUUGCUGUGGAGCUGCUGAACCCGCGUAGAGCCCGCUUCAGUCCAGCAGAGGUUCGAAAGAUACAGGAGGCUAUCAACAAGUCCUCUGACAAAAUCAGGGUGCGAGAUUUGCAGAUCGUUACAAGGGACGCCGUGGGCCACAUGAAGGAAGGAGAAGAAGAGAAGACCAAGUCCUACAGCGCUCUGAUCUGGACCCACAAAGCCAUUGAAGAACAAGACCUUGAGUUUAUAAAUGACAUCAAGGAUCUGGGCAUCGCCCAGAAAACCCCAUUGAGGGUGCUUCACCGUCGCCCUCUAGCGGUCCGCCAGCGCGUUAUCCACACUAUGGCCACGCGUUUCCGUGACGAUCACCACUUCUACCUGCAGCUGCGCACCCAGGCCGGGACCUACAUCAAGGAGUUUGUGCACGGGGACUUCGGCCGGACCAAGCCCAGCCUGGGGGACCUGAUGAAGACGGAGACGGACAUCCUAGAGCUGGACGUCGAGUCUGUGGAUGUGGACUGGCCUCCUGCAGUAACGGAUCCGGAGUCAGGGGAGAACCCAGACCUCCCAGCCUCACCCCAGCAUGGAGGCACACCUGACUGCUAGGAGCGAUUCCGGGAGAGACCGCCCUCCUGGGAGAGACCACCCUCCCUCCUGUGAGGAAACUGUGUCAGAUGCCUCAUGUUUAACUGAAGCCACAAUGCCUGUGUUCGUCCCCAGUAAUGAACUACUGAGACCUCUUUUGUGUGUAGGGAACUUUUUUUUUUCUCCCAUUAAAAAAAUCUCCAUUUCGCUCCA